UAAGUUGCCUUUGCUGAAAUCCUGAGGCGUAGGACAUGGAUACGAGAUCGUUUUCUUCCUCAAGUAGUCAACGACGGAAUGUACCUUAUAUUCAUAAGGUUGGAAUUCCCCCGAAACAAGGUCUCCUGAAGGAGAUCAAAACCACUGUGGAAGAAACGUUUUUCUCAGAUGACCCCCUACGCCCCUUUAAAGAUCAACCGAAAUCUAGACAAGUUAUGCUCGGCCUUCAAGCAAUAUUUCCCAUUCUUGAAUGGGGUAGGAAUUAUAAUCUUAAAAAGUUUAGAGGAGACCUUAUUGCCGGACUCACCAUUGCAAGUCUUUGUAUUCCUCAGGAUAUUGGGUACUCAAGACUUGCAAAUUUACCUCCUCAGAUUGGAUUAUACUCAAGCUUUGUACCCCCUUUGAUGUAUGCAUUUAUGGGUAGUUCACGAGAUAUAGCCAUAGGACCUGUUGCAGUGGUGUCUCUCUUGUUGGGGACGCUUCUUCAGAAUGAAUUUGAUCCAGUGAAUAAUGCAGCUGAGUAUCGAAGACUUGCAUUUACAGCUACGUUUUUUGCAGGGAUCACUCAAGCUACUCUGGGAGUUCUCAGAUUGGGUUUCCUAAUUGACUUCCUUUCCCAUGCCGCUGUUGUCGGUUUUAUGGGUGGAGCUGCCAUCACCAUUGGCCUUCAACAACUGAAGGGUUUUCUUGGCAUCAAACAUUUCACAAAAAAUACUGAUGUUGUUUCUGUAAUGAAAUCGGUUUUCGGCUCUAUUCAUCAUGGGUGGAACUGGCAGACCAUAGUUAUUGGAGCAAGUUUUUUAGCUCUGCUACUCUCUGCCAAGUACCUUGCGAAGAAAAACAAGAAACUCUUUUGGGUGUCCGCAGUUGCACCAUUAAUCUCUGUUAUCUUGUCCACUUUUUUUGUGUAUAUCACCCAUGCGGAGAAGGAAGGUGUUGCCAUUGUGAAACAUAUAGAGCAAGGAAUCAACCCUCCAUCUGUAAAUGAGAUUUAUUUUUCGGGCGAAAAUCUUUUAAAAGGGUUUAGGAUUGGUAUCGUUGCUGGGAUGAUAGCGUUAACGGAAGCCGUUGCAAUCGGAAGAACCUUUGCUUCAAUGAAGGACUACCAAGUCGAUGGGAACAAAGAAAUGAUAGCAUUAGGAACGAUGAAUGUUGUAGGCUCAAUGACAUCAUGCUAUGUAGCAACAGGUUCUUUUUCGCGAUCAGCUGUAAAUUAUAUGGCAGGCUGCCAAACCGCAGUCUCUAACAUAGUGAUGUCAUGUGUCGUACUCCUAACUUUGAAAUUCUUGACACCUCUUUUCGAGUACACCCCGAAUGCAAUCCUCUCUUCCAUCAUCAUAUCUGCUGUGGUCGGUUUAGUUGAUUACGAAGCAGCCAUCUUAAUCUGGAAGAUUGACAAAUUCGAUUUUGUUGCUUGUAUGGGAGCCUUUCUUGGCGUGGUUUUCGCAUCAGUUGAGAUUGGUCUUUUAAUUGCUGUCUCGAUAUCAUUUGCUAAGAUCCUUCUUCAAGUUACAAGGCCACGAACGGCUAUUUUGGGAAGGAUUCCGAUGACAAGUGUUUACAGGAACAUCCAACAAUAUCCGGAGGCAACGAAAGUCCCAGGUGUUCUCAUUGUGAGAGUUGAUUCUGCUAUCUACUUUUCCAACUCCAACUACAUUAAAGAAAGAAUAUUGAGAUGGCUAACUGAGGAAGAAGAGCUUGUAAAAGCAACAUACCGAACAAGAGUUCAAUACUUGAUCAUCGAGAUGUCGCCCGUUACCGACAUCGACACUAGUGGAAUGCAUGCGUUUGAAGAAUUGUACAGGAGUCUUUUUAAGAGAGAUGUUAAGCUUGUUCUUGCGAACCCUGGUCGGCUGGUGUUAGACAAGCUAUAUGCUUCCGGUUUCCCUGAUAUGAUUGGUGAUGACAAGAUUUUCUUGACAGUAGCAGAUGCUGUUCUCACUUGUUCACCCAAGAUCCUUCAAGAGGUCUAAAUGAUCAACAAGAUGAGUGUAGACUUGUAGAUAGGAGG